AUGUCUCCCUUCAACCUCGAGACCUGCGCUCGCCCCAACAUCCUCGCCCUCCAGCCCUACCGCUGCGCUCGAGACGACUACAAAGACGACGGCACAAACAUCCUCCUCGACGCAAACGAAAACGCUUACGGCCCCUCCCUCUCCGCCGACGCCGUGUCCGUCGCCUCGCAAAGCAAGAAUGGCCUCGGCAUCGAUCCCCUCGGCCUGCACCGCUACCCGGAUCCUCACCAGGUCGACCUGAAGCAGCUGCUCUGCAAGCUGCGCAACACCCACGCGCACACGGACAAGACGCUCGCCGCCGAGAACCUCUUUGUCGGCGUUGGAAGCGAUGAGGCUAUCGAUGCGCUGCUGCGCUGCUUCUGCGUCCCGGGCAAGGAUCGCAUCUUGACUUGUCCUCCUACAUAUGGCAUGUACGCCGUCUCGGCUCAGGUUAAUGAUGUUGCUAUCGUCAAGGUGCCGCUGCUUCCUGCGCCGACUUUUGGCCUCGAUGUUCCCGCCAUCUCUGCUGCCUUGUCGUCCGACUCGACCAUCAAGCUGCUCUACCUCUGCUCGCCCGGUAACCCUACUGGUUCUCUCCUAGCCAAGGACGACGUUGUCGCCUUGCUCAACCACCCAUCAUGGAACGGCGUCAUUGUGCUUGACGAGGCGUACAUCGACUUUGCCCCCGAAGACGCCUCCCUCGCCGAGCUCGUCACCGAGUACCCCAACCUCGUCGUCAUGCAGACCCUCUCCAAGGCCUUCGGCAUGGCCGGCAUCCGCCUCGGCGCCGCCUUCGCCCCGGCCCCCAUCGCUUCUCUCCUCAACAGCCUCAAGGCGCCCUACAACAUCUCCAGCCCAACCAGCGCCCUCGCCGCCUCCGCGGUCAGCACAGAGGGCCUUGCCGUCAUGCACAGCAACCGCACCAAGAUCCUCACCCAGCGCGACCGAAUCAUUAAGGAGCUUCCUUCAAUUCCCGGCGUCGGCCGGCUUCGCGGUGGCACGGAAAGCAAUUUCCUGUUGUAUGAGAUGCUUAAUGCGGAGGGCCAGCCGGAUAAUGCCGUUGCGUUGGCCGUGUAUGAGAAGCUUGCUGAGACAAAGGGCGUGGUCGUGCGAUUUAGGGGUAAGGAGCACGGAUGUCUUGGGUGCUUGAGAAUCACCAUUGGUACAGAGGAGGAAGUAACAAGACUUUUGGAGGCGCUGAAGAAGACGUUGGCGGAAGUAAGAGCAAGUGCGUGA